GCUCCUGUCUUUACUCCUUUCCAGGCUGUAAGGUGACACUGCUGCUUUCCUCCUGCUUCUACUCCGCUCUCCACCUUUUCUCCUCCCAUCGGUCUGACGGAGAGGAAGGAGAAGGGGCUGAAAUCAGAGCUGGGAGGUGGAGGAGUUUCUGUUUGUGGGCGAGGAAGAGGAGGAAGAAGGAAAGGAGGGCAGCGACAGAGGGUGAAGAACUGGGACUAAAGUCUUUGAGAAAAGAGAAAAGAGCCGUGGAGGUUAUUGUCUGAGAAAGAGGAGGAUUAGCUGAACCUGGACGUAUGAGCACAUGUUGAGAUCGACCUGGAAAGGAAAUGUGAACUCAGGACGUCAGAGAAAAGAUAAAAGGAUGCUGCCGGGCCCUGACGACGGACUGAGUCCCACCUGAACCCUCCCUCUCCUCUCCCCCCACCUUCCCUCAGACCCCCCCCGCCCUCCCCUCCCAUCAUGCACCUGCUGUGCCGUGGCCGGCUGAAGCUGCUCGUGGCCUCGCUCACGGCCGGCGUGCUGCUCACCUGGCUCUACCUGCUGGCUGGGAACCUGGAGAAUGGCCGCUCCCUCCUCCUCGCUCCCUGUCUGGCCGACACCCCUGCUCAGGUUUUGGAACGGUCCGUCCUGGAGUCUCGGGUCCGAGAAGUGGAGGAGGAGAACCGUAAGAUCCGGCUGCAGCUCAGCCAAUCACAGGGCACCGCUGUCCAGCCGCCGGACGGUAACUACGGCAACCAGCAGUGGGCGGCGUCGGCGGACACGGGGCCGGAGGACGGAGACAACACGGCGGAGGAGAAGAACAACACCGAGUGUCCUCGAUCACCCCCCGUCCAGAAGUGUGAGCUGAUCCAUGUAGCGUGCGUUUGUGCCGGUCACAACGCCAGCAGAGACGUGGUCACGCUGGUGAAGUCCGUCCUCUUUCACAGGAGAAACCCUCUCCACUUCCACUUCAUCACCGACACGGUGGCACAUCAAAUCCUCAGCUCGCUGUUCCAGUCCUGGAUGGUUCCCUCGGUGCAGGUCAGCUUCUACGAUGCAGACGAACUCAAGUCCGAGGUGUCGUGGAUACCCAACAAACAUUACUCAGGUAUUUACGGCUUGAUGAAGCUGACGCUCACCAAAGCUUUGCCCUCCGACCUCUCCAAGGUCAUCGUCCUCGACACCGACAUCACCUUCGCCACCGACAUCGCCGAGCUGUGGGGCAUCUUCAGGAAGUUCACAGAUAAGCAGGUGAUUGGUCUGGUGGAGAACCAGAGUGAUUGGUACCUGGGGAACCUCUGGAAGAACCACAAACCCUGGCCUGCACUCGGACGAGGAUUCAACACCGGCGUGAUCCUCCUGUACCUGGAGCGUCUGAGGAGGCUCGGCUGGGAGCAGAUGUGGAGGCUGACGGCAGAAAGAGAGCUGAUGAGCAUGCUCAGUACGUCUCUGGCCGACCAGGACAUCUUCAACGCCUUCAUAAAGCAGAACCCCGUCCUGGUGCACCAGCUGCCGUGUUUCUGGAACGUUCAGCUGUCGGACCACACUCGCUCCGAGCAGUGCUACACAGAGGUGUCAGACCUCAAGGUGAUCCACUGGAACUCUCCGAAGAAGCUGCGAGUGAAGAACAAACAUGUGGAGUUCUUCAGGAAUCUCUACCUCACUUUCCUGGAGUACGACGGGAACCUGCUGAGACGAGAACUGUUCGGCUGCCCGAGCCAGGCGAGCCCCGAGAGCGUGAAGCUGCAGGCGGCUCUGGAGGAUCUCGACGAGGACGAUCAGUGCUAUGAUUUCCGGCGGGAGCGCCUCACCGUGCACAGAGUUCACCUGUACUUCCUGCAGUACGAGUACUCACCUACAGAGGACGACACCGACAUCACGCUGGUGGCUCAGCUCUCCAUGGACAGGCUGCAGAUGCUGGAGGCCAUCUGUAAGCACUGGGAGGGGCCCAUCAGCCUGGCGCUCUACAUGUCGGACGCCGAGGCGCAGCAGUUCCUUCGAUACGCUCAGGCCUCCGAGGUCCUGAAGAACCGGAAGAACGUUGGGUACCACAUCGUGUACAAAGAGGGCCAGUUCUACCCCGUCAACCUGGUGAGGAACGUCGCUCUGAGGAACGCCAACACGCCCUACGUCUUCCUCACAGACGUUGACUUCCUGCCCAUGUACGGACUCUACGAAUACCUCAGGCGCUCGGUGGUGCAGAUGGACAUGGCUCACACUAAGAAGGCUCUGGUGGUCCCGGCCUUCGAGACGCUCCGGUACCGUCUCUCUUUCCCCAAAUCCAAAGCUGAGCUGCUCUCCAUGCUGGACAUGGGGACUCUCUACACCUUCAGGUAUCACGUGUGGCCCAAAGGUCACGCUCCGACAGAUUACGCCAAAUGGCGGACGGCCACCACGCCGUACCGAGUGGAGUGGGAGGCGGACUUCGAGCCGUACGUGGUGGUGAGGAAGGACUGUCCAGAAUACGACCAGCGCUUCGUGGGCUUCGGCUGGAACAAGGUGUCGCACGUCCUGGAGCUGGACGCACAGGAGUACGAACUGAUGGUGCUGCCGAACGCCUUCAUGAUCCACAUGCCGCACGCUCCGAGCUUCGACAUCUCAAAGUUUCGCUCCAGCUCGAGUUACCGCAACUGCCUGAACACGCUGAAGGAAGAGUUUCACCAGGAUCUGUCCAGGAAAUACGGCUCGGCGGCGCUGAAGUACCUCACGGCUCAGAGAAACAUCUAGAGAGACGGAAAAAAGACGUCAAAAACCGCGAGUCCGUCUGACACGUGCUAACGCUGCGCCGCCGCGGAAACCGUUAGCUGCGAGGACGCUAACAAAGACGGUUAAAAAGACGGUAAAGCUUUACAGCCCUUUGUGGACAAUCUCGGGCUCCUGUGCAUUCAUUCUCCAGUCGAAGAGAUAACGGGAAGGAUUGUCGUUCACAAAAGGACUGAGAAGAAGAAGACGGACUAGCUUUAACGCCGGGAAUAAUUGGUACAACUUGUUCUGACAAUCAGGGCUUUUUCUGUCCGGAUGUCGGGAAGAUUUAAGGGGGAAGACGACGUUUCUAAGGGCCAGUCGAAGUGGAGAUAAGCCUUAUCACUCUCCAUGGUAUUUACUGACAUAUUUAAUAUUUCUGUUCUCUCUCAAGUGUAAAUCAAAACCAAUGAUAACAAACAUUGGCAUUAACAAUGUUUUGAUUACGACUUUACAAACUUAUUUUUUUCCUUCGUUUAUAAUUUCUGACCUCCUUUUUGAAAGAAAAUGCAUUUUUGUCCCGGGUGAAUAAUCUCUGUGAGCUUCAGGAAUGAGUGUGUGUGUGUGUGUGUGUGUGUGUGUGUGUGUGUGUGUGUGUGUGUGUGUGUGUGUGUGUGUGUGUGUGUGUGUGUGUGUGUUUACUGCUGAUUGUUGUCAACGUCCUCCUCGCUUUGCUUGCAUGUAAAGAGUUGCACUACGUGUCCUCACAUAAAAAGAAAGUGAUUUUUCAUAUUUUCUUUCCAUGAACCAUCCCUCCGCCUGAAAGCAGUAAAUAUCUAUUAAAGAUAAAACUAUAUAUAUCUUUACUGUUUGGGACCAGCUCUAUUAGCUCUGAAUUACACCCGGAUAAGGAGCAGAAGCUUUAUUUAACUGUAUUCUGUUGCAGCUUUAAUGUGUCUGAAUCACUGGAUAAAUGUGCGCCAUCUACUGAUAUUCUUUUAUUUUGUCCAAGUCCAACUGAAAUGGAAAACUCAGAUAAUCAAAAGUAGUUUUUUAUUUACAAAAACGCUUAUUUAGCCUCCAAACUAGUAUAAAAAUGCCAAUCAUUAGUAUGUUGUAUAUCAGUAGAUUACAAGCCAAGGAUAAACAACUAUAACCAUUUUAUAAUUAUAAUGAUAUACCUACUAUAAAACUCUUAAAUUAAGUUGAAAUAAUACUCUGAUGAACGUUAGCUGCAGUUUAAAUGCAAAAUGCUAUUCAACUUUUUCUAUGAAUAGUUUGGUAACAGUAAUUGGUUAAUUGGAACAACGUUUUAAUCGACGCUAUUUCUUUAAAUGAUUAAUCUGCAGAUUAUAUAAUCCAUAAAUAGUUUGAUUUCUAACAUUUCAGAAACAGGUGGUAAACGUUCAUCCCAGUUUCCCAAAUACCAAGCUUUAAAUAGUUUGUUUUGUCAGUCAACAAAACAAAAGAUAUUGGGUAAUAAAUGCUGAAAACUGCAUUUAAAUACAUCUUUGAAUUUAUAUAAUUACUUUUAGUGUUAAUUAGAAAACAAAGGAGUUGAAAGAAAACGAAAAUCUAAUUUCAGUUGGACUUUAAUCCUCAUAAUUUCAUAGUUUUUAAAGUAAUGUAUUUCUUUUUGUCUUUUUGUGGAGUUAUCUGAACGUUAUCAUCUGAGCCACCAUUGAUUUGAUCAUUUUGGUGAAUCUCCCUUUUGUCUAGAGCUGCUGUGAGAUUACAACUUGAUUAACCAAAACAUUGGCCCCUGAAAACUAGUACAAAUAUGUUAUAUAAAGGUUAUUAUUGAUAUUUAAACAUUUCAAUGUAUAUUCAAUCUCCCCAGAGGAUAAUCCAAAUGUUCUUAACUUUUAGCUUAAAUAGUUAAAUAUGUGGGGCCUCUCUUCUAAAUGUCAUCUAUAUUUAAGUUAUUGGCCGUAUUUAAACAUUUCGGUGUUUAGUCAAGCUCCCCAGAGGAUGAUCCCACAUGUUUAGGGUCCUCAAAUGUACCUUUUUUAACUCAAAUAAAUAGAAGUUUGAGGCCUCACUUCUAUUCAUAUUGUAAUUAUUGGAAACAUUGAAACAUUCCAGUGCAAAUUCAAGCUCCCCAGAGGAUAUUCCAAAUGUGUUAAGGUCCUAAACUUGACUUUUUUUAGCUCAAAUAAAUGAAAAUGUGGGUCCUCAAUUCUCACUUCCAUUUACUUUGAAGUUAUUGUCCGUAUUUAAACAUUUCAGAGUAUGUUCAGGCUCCCCACAGGGUAAUCCAAAUGUUCUAAGGUCCUUCAAUUAACUUUUUUAUAGUAGUUAAAUCUGUGGGGCCUCUUGAUCCCACAUUUUUAGGGUCCUCAAAUGCACCUUGUUUAACUCCAAUAAAUACAAGUUUGAUGCCUCACUUCUUUUAAAACAUUUGAACAUUUCAGUGUAUAUUCAAGCUCCCCAGGGGAUAAUCCAAAUGUUCUAAGGUCCUUCAAUUAACUUUUUUAUCUCAAGUAGUUAAAUCUGUGGGGCCUCUUUUCAGUUUGUAAUCAAGCUCUCCAGAGGAUGAUCCCACAUUUUUAGGGUCCUCAAAUGCACCUUGUUUAACUCCAAUAAAUACAAGUUUGAGGCCUCACUUCUUUUAAAACAUUUGAACAUUUCAGUGCAUAUUCAGGCUCCCCAGAGGAUAAUCCAAAUGUUCUAAGGUCCUUAACUUGACUUUUUUAGCUCAAAUAAAUGAAAAGUUGCCAAUCUUUCAUUCUCACUUUGAUUUAGAUAUUUUUAUUUCCAUCACAUUGUCUGGUUAUUUUGUUGUUUUCCACGAGCAUUUGGACAAAAGGCAAGUGGAGAAGGGUCUGGUAUCAUUUCCACCGAAGAAGGCGGGAGUGAAGGUGUGUGUGACCCCCCUCAUUGACUUGUUGUUGAUUGUGGUUGAUGCUAGUGCCUUUGCUGUAUUGUGAAACUGGAUAUUGAUUAUAUUGAUUGUACUGAUUGUACCGACAGGCCUGGGGAACGUCAGGCACUCUAUUUAUUAUUGGUGACUCAAAUCGAUCAUAUUUUUAUAUGUAAGUGCUUUAAAUAAAAUUGCCCUUU